AUGACAAUUAUUUUUGGUGAUUCUAGUAAAUCAGCAAAAAGAUGGCUUGGGUACAAAGUUAUAGAUAAAAUUCCAAAUAAUUAUGAGCAUCGGUUUCCUGUUGAACCGUUCGCGGCCAAACCCACCAUAGGGCCGCGGGGGUGGGGGGUGGGCGUGAGGGCAUUAGAACGGGUAUAUAUAGCAAGCCAAUGCCCAAGUACUUCUACGAAAUUCAAGCAAAAUGGAGAACAAUCUACAGAGCUUCUGCAUGCUCAAGCUCACAUUUGGAACCAAAUUUUCAACUUCAUAAACUCCAUGUCUCUCAAGUGUGCGAUUCAACUAGGCAUACCAGAUAUUAUCCAUAAACAUGGCAAACCAAUGACACUGCCCGAACUAGUCGAUGCCCUCCCCAUCGACAAAGCAAAAUCUCAAUGUGUCUCCCGCCUAAUGCGAAUUUUAACCCAUUCAAGGUUCUUCAUUGAUGCCAAAAUCUUCGAGAACGAAGAAAAUAUGGGAUAUUGGCUUACAUCAGCUUCUCGUCUCCUCUUAAAAGACGAGCCACUGAGCGUGACACCAUUUUUACUGGCCAUGCUUGAUCCGAUUUUGACAGAGCCAUGGCAUCAUCUGAGUGAGUGGUUUGAAAGUGAUCAGAAUCCUACGGCAUUUGAUACUAAACAUGGGAGGAUGUUCUGGGAGUAUGCUGGGCGUGAGCCAAGGUUGAAUAGCUUCUUCAACGAAGCCAUGGCUAGUGAUGCCCGGUUGGUGACGAGUGUGCUCAUUAGAGAUUGUAAACAUGUAUUUGAAGGUUUGAAUUCAAUUGUAGAUGUGGGAGGCGGAACAGGAACUUUGUCCAAGAAUAUUGCUGAUGCAUUUCCAAACUUGAAAUGCACUGUGCUUGAUCUCCCACAUGUUGUUGCCGGCUUGGAAGGGACUAAGAACCUGAGCUAUCUUGGGGGUGACAUGUUUGAGUCAAUUCCUUCUGCAGAUGCAAUCUUACUCAAGUGGAUAUUGCAUGAUUGGAGCGAUGAAGAGUGUGUAAAAAUAUUGAAAACAUGCAAAGAAGCUAUUCAAAGCACGGAUAAAGAAGGAAAAAUCAUCAUUAUUGACAUGAUCAUAGACAACCAGAAAGAAGACAACAAGGCAAUCGAAACACAACUCCACUUCGAUAUGUUGAUGAUGGCCCUUCUUACUGGGAGAGAACGAAAUGAGAAAGAAUUCGCAACAAUCUUCUAUGAUGCUGGCUUUACUCGCUACAAAAUAAUCCCUAUAUUGGGAUUGAGGUCUGUUAUUGAGGUUUAUCCUUAAUUAGCUCAUUAUGUCGAAUAAAAGCUGCUUCUGAGCAAAAUUUCGUCUUCAAUUUGUGCUAUUUCUGUAUUCAUCCACAACGAUAUUUUGUAUCUGUGCUAUCAUUCUAUUUUUGUAAUAAAUUACACAAAAUGUUUCGUCUUUGGUAA